GGUUGCAAACUUAUAGAGGGCAGGCCUCUCUCCCCUGCAAAAAUUGUUCCCCCUCUCUCUCUCCAUGUCUUUAGUAGACUACGCAUCGUCGGACUCUGAAGAAGAGAGAGAAACAGCAAAUGAAGAGGAGAGAGAAACUACGACCGCUGUUGUUGCUCUGCCUCGUUCCUCCGUCUCUCCUGCUCCUACUGCUAACCAGAACUUGAGAUUUCCGCCGCAAGCAUAUAUGACUCCAAACUCAUCUACUCAGUCCAUUGAGAAACUUCCAGAUGCCUCAGAUCUUUUUGAUUCUCCGGUUUUCUCAUCGAGUCAGCUGAGAGCUGGUGAUCACUCAUCGAGGGUCGCAGCUGCUAUGGCAGAAAGUGCUUCAAGGAAACGAGAGGCAAAUGGAUCAGUUCCUUCGCUUCCACACAGGAAACUUCCCCGUGGAAACCUACCUCCAUCAAGAAUUAGUCCAGAUACUUUGGGUGGUGUUCUAUUGCCACCUCAACUGAAUGGCAGGAGCAAUGUUGCGACUGAAGAUAUAGAUAAACUGUUUGUGAGAAGGCGCCACGAAGAUCAUACUAACCCUCCAAGUUCUUGAGUCUCAAUGCCACUGACACUUAACUUAGUGUAGAGUUGUACAAACAUGUCUAUGGUUUUUCUGAGUUAUUUUUUUGAGCUUCCAUGUCCUGUUGUUGUCAUUUCGGUGGGCUUGUAUGUAUAUUUUUAUAAACAGUAAUGCACAACAUUUAUCAGUACCGGUGGAAUUCGUGUAAACUAUGUGAACCAUCCAUAAGAAAACAGUCCAAGGUA